AGAGAGACGACAUCUCUUCUUUAAUACCUCCGCCGCUUCAUCUUCUGAUCUCCGAGGCCUUUGUUCUGAUUCCUUGUGAACCUUGUUGCCUUUGAGAUGAUGAUGAUGACGUCGCUCGGUGGUGGUGGAGGUGGUGGAGUUGGUGGUGGCGGCGGAGGGAGGUUUAUGACGUAUUCGUCGUCUCUUUCGGUUCCUCCUUCUGCUCCUCAUUCCCCUAGCUACUCGGGUGGUCUACGAUCACAGUCUUCUGUGUUCGUUGAACAAGAGAAGUAUCUUUCAGAGCUACUUGAAGAGCGUCAUAAGCUUACUCCAUUCUUUCCCGUUCUUCCACAUGCACGUCGCCUAUUAAACCAGGAGAUUAUGCGUGUAACCACACUGUUGGAGAAUGCCACAGUUUUGAGUCAGAGUGGGCUUAGCCCUCUAGGUAAUGGAAGGAUAUUUCAGAAUGCAAGAGCUGACUUGAGCGGAUGGGGAGCCUCACAGUUUCCAUCAGAAAGAUCUGUUCCAUCGUCUCCUGGACCAAACUGGCUUAACUCACCUGGUAGUCCGUCUGGUCUGAUCGCUAAGCGAACAAUCAGGAUCGAUAUUCCAGCCGAUGAUUAUCCAAAUUACAAUUUCGUUGGUCGCCUCCUUGGUCCUAGAGGAAACUCCCUAAAACGAGUUGAAGCAAGCACUGAUUGUCGUGUUCUUAUAAGAGGAAGAGGCAGCAUAAAAGAUCCUGUUCAGGAGGAAAUGAUGAGAGGGAAACCUGGAUUCGAGCACUUAAAUGAGCAACUUCAUAUCUUAGUCGAAGCAGAGUUACCGAUUGAAAUAGUGGAUGCACGUCUCAUGCAAGCUCGCGAGAUACUCGAUGAUCUUCUUACUCCUAUGGAGGAAACGCAUGAUUUCUACAAGAAACAACAGCUGAGAGAGCUAGCGUUACUCAACGGAACUCUUCGUGAUGAAGGAUCUCCAAUGUCUGGUUCUGUUUCUCCGUACAACAGCCUCGGUAUGAAGAGAGCCAAAACAAGAGAAGUGUAGAAAUCAAAUGCCUCAAAUCACAAUUGCUUUUGUGAUCUCUCACGUCUCAAGUAAACAUUGAAACCGAUCCCAUUCGAUGCAGGAAGGUCAUACCUCUCGUGACUACAUAGUACUCUUCUCUUCUCCCUGGAAUAGUCUUGUUGUAUAUAUGGUUAUGAAUGUUUUUGUUUUUGUCUAUUUAUCAUAUUGUCCCAGAGAGAGAUCAGAUGACGAAAUCUCAAAGAAACACCAUGGCAUGAUGAGUCUCUGUCUCUCUGACUCUCUCCGAGACUUUUGUGUUUGUUUUGUUUUAUUUUUUUUUUAUUACUCUUUAGAAAAGUUUGGUUUGUAUUUUAGCAAAAGAAAAAACAUGAGAUCAUGAUGGCAUGUGUCUGGUAAUGAUAAUAUGUUUUUGGGA